GGAGAGGGAUGGGCCGAGGGGUCCGGAGGGGCCCGUGCUGAGCGAUUCCGUGUGCGUGCGUGUGUCUUUCAGGACAUCGAUUUGAUUGACAUCCUGUGGAGACAGGACAUCGAUCUGGGUGCCGGGAGAGAGAUUUUUGACUACAGCCACCGGCAGAAAGAGAGCGAAGUGGACAAAGAGCUGAGCGAUGGGAGGGAGCGCGGGGACGGCUGGAGGAGCGCGGGAGGACAGGUCACCAAUAGGAACCUGCUAGUGGAUGGCGAGACCGGGGAGAGCUUCCCUGCGCAGGUGCCUGGCGUGGAGGAUCAGACGGCCCUGUCCCUGGAGGAGUGCCUUAGGCUGCUGGAGGCCACCUUCCCUUUCGGGGAGAACUCGGAGUUUCCAGCUGCAGAUGUCUCCACCCUAAGCGAAGCUGUGCCCAGCGAGAGCCGGCCUGCGGGCAUCCAGAGCAGCCUGCUGUCUCCUCUCCUCCCAGAGGCCGAGUCGCCCUUCGAUCUGGAGCAGCAGUGGCAGGACCUCAUGUCUAUCAUGGAAAUGCAGGCAAUGGAAGUGAACGGCACGACCGCUGAAACCCUUUACAACGGCACGAGCGGAGACCUGCUGACUUCUAACUACAACCUCGCCCCAAACACUCCCAUCAAUCAGAAUGUCAGCCUGCAUCAGGCCUCUCUGGGCAGCUGCUCACAGGACUUCUCCCUCUUCAGCUCUGAAAUUGAAAGCCCCUCCAUGGGCGGCAGCUCAGCGCUGCUGCAGCUGGCACCGGACAACUCCACCGGCCUCAACACCACCUUCAGCUCCACCAACUUCAGUGGGAUCUUCUUCCCCCCACAGCUGAACAGUACGGUCAAUGAGACGGCGGGCCCUGAGCUGCCCGACCCGCUGGGCGGCCUUCUGGAUGAAGCCAUGCUCGAUGAGAUCAGCUUGAUGGAUUUGGCCAUUGAAGAAGGUUUCAACCCAGUGCAGGCCUCGCAGCUGGAAGAGGAGUUUGAUUCUGACUCAGGUCUUUCUCUGGAUUCUGGCCACAGUCCCGCUUCCCUUAGCAGCUCAGAAGCCUCUUCCUCUUCUUCUUCCUCCUCUUCCUCCUCCUCCUCCUCUUCCUCUUCCUCCUCAUUUUCGGAGGAAGGAGCUGUCGGCUACAGCUCAGACUCUGAAAACGUGGACUUUGAGGAAGCGGAAGGGGCGGUUGGGUACCAGCCUGAGUACAGCAAGUUCUGCCGCAUGAGCUACCAGGACCCGGCGCAGCUCCACUACUUGCCUUACCUGGAGCACGUGGGCCACAACCACACCUACAACAUGGCACCGGGGAGCCUGGAUCCCGAGGAGCCCAAGCUGCCCAGCGUGGGGAAGAAGAGCAGCAAGGAGAAACCGUCCGAGUUCCUGGAUAAGCAGAUGAGCAGGGACGAGCAUCGAGCCAGAGCCAUGAAGAUCCCUUUCACCAACGACAAGAUCAUCAACCUGCCCGUGGAGGAGUUCAACGAACUGCUCUCCAAGUACCAGCUGAGCGAGGCGCAGCUGAGCCUCAUCCGAGACAUCAGGAGGCGAGGCAAGAACAAGAUGGCUGCCCAGAACUGCCGCAAGAGGAAGCUGGACACCAUCCUGAACCUGGAACGCGACGUGGAGGACUUGCAGAGGGACAAGUCCAAACUGCUCAGGGAGAAGGUGGAGUUCCUCAAGUCCAUCCGCCAAAUGAAGCAGAAGGUGCAGAACCUCUACCAGGAGGUGUUCGGCCGGCUGCGCGAUGAGAACGGCCAGCCCUACUCCCCCAGUCAGUACGCCCUGCAGUACGCCAGCGACGGCAGCGUCAUCUUGAUACCUCGCACCUUGGCUGACCAGCAGGCCAGGAGGCAGGAGAGGAAACAGAAGGACCGCAGGAAGUGAGGGAGGCACGCGGGAGGAGUGGGAGAAUCGCUCAAGGUAGAACUGGAGAAGGGCUGAGCCUGGAAGUGCUUAGAGGAACUUUCAUGCCUUCUUAUCCAAUAUAUCUUCUGAAUCGUGACUGCUGCCGGUCAGUUGUGCAGGAGGGACUGCGGCCGAGCGCUCCCUGUGGGGAGGGACGGGGAGGAGCGGACAGUGCACUGGCGAGCCCAGCACCUUCCACAGCCUGGAAUCCUUUGAGCGCAGGAAAUCAGCUGGCAUCACUGGUGGGGAGAUGGGCGGAGGCGGAAAAACUACUGUUAGGAACUGGCUUUAAAUAAGAAAAGAGAUUUAAGCAAAUGAACUUAAAAACCAAGCGAUAGGAGAGACGUUUUUCUGAACUUCCAAAGUUCUGUGAUUUCAGGUAGUUGUUUUGUUUUUUUUUUUUUCGUUUUUCUUUUAAUUUUUUUUCUUUUUUUUUUUUUUUUUUCCUGAACCAGUUUUGACAUCAGUGUGUGUGAUUCAACCCCGACUUAAUUCCAGAUUAGCCACCAUCCCUUUCUAGAUCAGACCAGUGCACGCAUGGCGACACGAGCGGCCUUCCGUUAACCCUUCCAGCUCCGUGAGGAAGGGAAGGCUGUGCUGCCUUGGGGCAUGGAGCCGGAGCCCUGCAGGGGGGUGGAACUGGGAAGGGUUAACAGGAGCAGAGCGCUGUGCAUCCCCACCACACUCACAGAGCACAUCACUGCCGCGCAGGGCCGCUGUGCAGGAGGGCAGCAGCCCGCAUGCAGCCGCUGUCUUCUCCUCCUGCCUGGCUGAGGAAGCUUUGGGGGCCACGGGGCGGCUGUGUGGCAGCAGGGGCAGCACGCAGAGCCGUGGGCUUGUCACUUAUAGAACUAGACAGCUGUUAGGAUUCCUGUUUCUUAACCGUGCUUUGAUUUUAUUUUAUUUUUUAAUAUUUUUUUUUUAGGGCUUCAGCCCUGUUUUCCCUAUAGGGUCUAGAGUGCUUGUGUUGAGUAAAAGGGAGAAGCCCGAACGUUCAAAGCUGCUAAUUGUUCUCUUUGCCAUAAAGAUUCAGUGUAACCGUGUGAUCACAUUAUAGGAUUCUCUUCUGUC